CACCACUUAACACACUUGCCUCUCCGCUGCCAUGGCUUCCUCGGAUGUUCCAUGCUCUUCCUUCCACGCCACAUCCUCUUCCUCAUGGUGCGCUUAAGAGUUCGACAGUGCCUGCUCACCUCGUUCCGUCGACUCAAUUCCCGUCGGCGCUGUUCGAGGCAGAGUGCCACCAUCGGCCAUGCCAUCAGCUAUCGUCUCGUCCCUAUGCACGGAGCAGGAGGUCGAAACGAUCAGCGUGAGGCACGACAUCCCAGAGAAGCUCACUCGGUGCCUUGCGGGCAACAAGCCCGUGUGCGCGCCGCCGGACGGCGGCGUCGGUGUGUACGUGGACGCGCUGGAGGCCGGGAUGCACUUCCCGCUGCACGGCUUCUUCCGCCAGGUGCUCGCACACUUUGGCCUGGCGCCCAGCCAGUUCACGCCCAACGGGUGGCGUGUUAUGGCCGGAUUCGUCGUGCUCUGCCACAAGUCCGGCGUGGAGCCGCCGCCUCUGGCCGUCUUCCGCCACUUCUUCUCGCUCCGCGCGCGCGGGGGAUGGUACCACUUCCGGGCUAAGGACGCCGCCGGGGGGCUCUUCACAAAGCUGCGGAAGGUCAAGGGCUGGAAAACACGAUUCUUCUUUUUGACCUCGCCGGAGCCGUGGCAGUUCCCCGCUUGCUGGGGCGGCCCCCCGCCCAAGAGUUCCACCGGUGAUCCGCUGCUCACGGACGAGGAGAAAACAUUGGCAAAAAAGCUUCUGGGCGCAAACUUCUCUGCUCAGUUACCUGCACAGCCGCCGCCUGCUGUUCGAAUCAGAGGAAUCAAUCCAUCUUCUGACGAGAUGACCGAGAAAAUGCCGGCAGCACGGAUGAAUUUGCGGUCGUCCGGGAGGAAGAGGAAGCUAGAGGAGGCCAACGCAAAUCAGGGAGUGCCAACGGUGAAGUCGCCGCCUGCAGCCCAUGGGGACAUGGCCGACACGGAGGCCACACAGGAGGCGCUGCAGGCCAUUCUCGCGGCCUCGCAGGGGUCGGUGUUCGCGGCGGCGAAGCCAUCCGACGUCGUCGCAUUGAGCCACGAAAAAGUGCUGCAGGGUUUGAGCUACGUGUCGUUCUUCCUGGAGCGCACCAUGGACCUGCAGGAGAAGGUGACCGCUCGGGAGGGCGAGGCCGCCGCGGAGGCUGCGGUGUUGCGGCAGGAGCUGGAGAGUGUGAAGGCCGAGCUGGCCGAGGUCAAGGACGCGGUCGGUGCGGUGGAGCUGGAGAACGCCAAGGAGCUGGCGAUGCAGGAGUUCCUUGGCUCCGAGGAGCACGCCCGUCGAGCUCCAGGGCUACGAUGCGAAGGGGUACGAGCGCGGCGUGGAGGACACGAGGAUGACCAUGCUCCGGCACUACCCACACCUCGACGGCAGGCGGCUCGUCGUGCCGCCGGAAGGGCCGUAUUGAUUGUAUCGUUCUGUCGUCGAUCGAUCCUUUUGGAGUCGGAGCUAUCCUGUGGUAUUAUCUGAAGAAUUCUGUAUUGCUGAGCUGCCGUGGGAACUCAACUGUUUAGCUCUUUAUUUUCUUUUGAAAACAUCAAGUAGACUGUACGAAGACCAGAAUGCUCAACUUAGAGAACGCUUGGAGAAGAUCGAAGUUUGCUCUUCAGCUGUGGGUUGCGAAUGCAGCAAUAUUCAGUAGGUGCCGAGCCUAUGAUUUUGGUAUUUAAUUAUAUACUAGCAAACAUGCCCGUGUGUUGUAACGGGUGA